AUGAGAUGGCGAUUGAGCUACUUCCUCGCAGUCCUGUUCGCGGCUCUUCUAAUGACAGCAGAUGCUCGAGCAGUACUGAACGAAGAUCAUGUCGUGCACACCUUGCUGGGUACCAUCAGAGGAGUUCCACUGACAUUCCAAAACGAACGGGUUUCGGCGUUUCUGGGUGUACCGUAUGCCCGUCCACCAGUUGGAGUUCGGCGAUUCGCCAAGCCUGAGAUGGUGCAACCUUGGAGUGGUGAGUCUGACCAGGAAUCCACUUUCUCAUGA